AUGGAGUACAGUCCAAAGAGUUCAGACGGUAAGAUAGUGUAUCUAUCAAAGAGAAGUACGACAGUCGUUCACGGGACAGAUGGAUCGUUAACCGCCGUGAGAGGACAAAGAACAGGGGUGACAGCAGAGAAGGUUACGAUAGAGAGGGAAAAAGAAGAGGAAGGUCAGAAGCAACCAGCUAAGGUGGCCUCUGACCUUAGCUGGUUGCUUCUGACCUUCUUUGCCACCAAGGUGUGGAAUGAUUUGAAGCUGGCACCAAAAAGGCGGGUCAUUGGCUUUACACUCUUUUGGGCGGAGCUAGCUGUCAAGAGACUACGGCUCAACAACUCAGCUUCAAGAGAAAAAAACAAGAAUGUCAUGAUUUCCAGUAGAACAUCGUGCUGCAAGAAAAGCAAUGUGCCUUUCACUCUCCAGAAAACCUUCACCUACCCGCACGGAGGAAUCAAUGUCCCCAGAAAGCUCGGUGGAUUAUACAAGAGACGAGGAGCAUGGAGGGGAGAGGGGGGAAGAGAAAGGGGGGAGGAGGAGGAGGAGGAGGAGGAGGACGAGGAGGAGGCAACCGCUGGUGCCAAGGUAGCGGAGCUCACUGCCGACUCCCGCUUCCAGGUACCGCAAAAACAUCAAAGGAUGCCGACAGGGGACCUGAAUAUCGCUAUCAUCAUAGAAAAGAUGAUUCCUUGCUUUACCGUAUCUGACUUCUUGGGAGGAGGCGGACUGCCUCCUCAUGUAAAUUGA